CGGUCGAGGUACGUCCAGCACGGCGCACAGUGUUUCCGGUAGAUACAAUAUAAAAAGUCUAAUAGAAAAAAUCAAAAGGAAUAUACAUAUAGAUCAAUAAAAUGGCUGAGCAAAAGAAGGCGCCACUUUUGAGAAAGGAAGAGGACUAUGUCAAGGCCCUAGAAGGUUUCAUAACACCCGAUACGGAUCAGGUGGCUUUGCUGCUCGAUUACGAUGGCACAUUGGCUCCCCUUACCGAGGAGUUGUCCGUAAUGCCAAAGGAUACGGAAAUCAAUAUCAAAAAAUUGGCUGCCAAUGACAAAAUCUUCAUGGUUGUCUUCUCUGGCCGUGAAUUGAGUGAAAUCAAAAAUCAUUUGAAAUUCCCCAAUGUUACCUAUGCCGGUAAUCAUGGUCUGGAAGUUGAGUAUCCCUCGGGAAAGAAAUUCAAAAUUGAAAUGCCCGAAGAAUUGCUCGAAAAGCACAACAAAUUGGUAUCCGAGCUGAAAGAGAAGGUUGUCUGCUCUGGCGCCUGGGUUGAGGAUAAGAAAAUCUCAGUGACCUAUCAUUAUAAGGGUGUUACCGAUAAACUAAAGGCCAAAUUGAUUGCCGAGGCCAAGGGUUUGAUUCAGGCUCAUGGUUUCCAAUUGAUUGAGACUCCCUAUGCCCUGGAGGGCAAGCCACGCGUCAACUGGGACAAAGGUGAGGGUGCCAAAAUGAUUUUGGAGAAACAAUUCGAUGCCGAUUGGGCAAAGAACUUGAAAAUCAUCUAUGUGGGCGAUGAUACCACCGAUGAGGAUGCCAUCAAGGUUCUGCAUGGCAUUGGCAAGACUUUCCGUGUCUCGGAGCUGCCCACAUUGAAGACCUAUGCCAACUACCAGAUCAAGACAGUCGAGGAGGUUGGAUGGCUGCUGAAAGCCGUGCAGGCCUACUACGAGAAGAAGAAGAAGGUCUAA